AUGUGGCUCUUACGGGCCCUUUCCUCGGCCCUUUUUCUGACCGUCACCGUUUCUUCCAUCCCUUUGGCCUUUGAUGUGGGUGGAAAGACAUGCGGUCUGGCCUUUUCACUAUCGCUAGCGACCUUCUAUUUUCUGCUGUCCGUCCUGAAACUCACCACGCCGACGCGCUCAUGGUUCCGCUCCUCCUUCGUGUUCCUCGUUCAGUCCACGCAAUGGGUCUUGGUCCCGAUCCUCCUCAUCUGGUCGCUGAACCGCUUUUCGGUCGAUGCGGAGAACAACAGUGGGUGGGUGGAGCGUACGUUUAGCGGGAAGAGAGCGCACGAUUCAUCGAUCCAGGACUGGGUGUUUGGUCCCGAUGGGUUGGUGGAGUCCGUCACGCUGGGGAACUGGGAUAAGUUGUUGAGAUGGUCGACUCCGGUCUUCCAGCUGGUCGAGGGGUUUUGCAGCUUGUUGGUCAUUCAAGCUGCGGGACAGAUCACUCGCUGGCUUGUCAAUCGCGGUGGGCGCAGUGAUAGUUGGAUGAUCGGUCUCCUGGUAUUAUCUGCCUCCGUCAUCUCGAGCUCGGUAUACUUCCUGUGGAGGGUUCUGCAGUUCCCCGAGAUCUCCAAUGUGGACGCUGCUCUGAUUGGCGUGUCCGUGACAUGUGCGGUGAUUCUUUGCGCAUGGGGCAUUGGCAGCGGCCGUGGCAAUCCGGUAGAGAGUUCUCUACUGUUUGCAUACGUCGUGCUGUGUCUUUACCAGAUCUUCACCGAUUAUAAGCCAUCGCAUCCGAUAGAACAGGUCCCAUCCCCUUCCCAAGCGGGGGAUUUCCCUCCACUGCCACCAAUCAUCAUGGCGUCCUAUGGCACGCUGUUGCAUGUCCUAUCUCUGCUGCCCUCCAUGAUCCACGCGCUGUUCAAUGUGAUCACCGCGGUCUUUAGUGCCGUGACGUCAUCCGUCCUCAUCUCGCUCGUAUACCGUAUCUGCGUCCUCUAUGCGUCUACUCGCAUCAUCCCGGCUGUCCGAGAAUCUGGCGCGCGCGCUCUUUCCCAGGAAGCUUCACUCGAUGACUCUGAUGCAGCCGGUCAGCUGCUCGGCCUCCUGAGCUACUUCGCUCCGUCCAUCCUCAUCUCCGUGUACACGAGCCUCCUGAUGCAGCAUUUCGCGACGACAUCGCAAGCAAUGGGCGGCAGUGGGGAAUGGUGGAGCAGCCAGGGAGGUGGAGAGGGGAACCUCUGGCGCUGGGUCAACCUCGCUUGCACGAUGGCUUUAUAUGCGGUCGAGCUGUGGCUCGGUGAAAACGACGAUCUGGAUUCGGGCCUAGCUGGCCAUUGGAAAUCAGAUUGA